AUGCCCUUGGUGAAGAGGAAUAUCGAGCCUCGUCACCUUUGCCGGGGAGCCCUUCCGGAUGGGGUGACCAGCGAGUUGGAAUGCGUGACCAACAGCACUUUAGCAGCGAUCAUCAAGCAGCUGGGAAGCCUCAGUAAGCACGCUGAAGACAUUUUUGGAGAACUGUUCAAUGAAGCCAAUAGUUUCUACAUGCGGAUGAAUUCCUUGCAGGAGCGAGUGGAUCUUCUGGUGAUCAAGGUCACUCAGUUGGACUCCACUGUAGAAGAAGUUUCGCUGCAAGAUAUCAAUAUGCGGAAAGCCUUCAAGAGCUCUACUAUUCAGAACCAGCAGGUGGUCUCUCGCAACUCUAUCCCAAACCCUGUGAUGGAGAUGUACCAGCGCUGUGAUAAACCUCCGCCACUCAACAUUCUCACGCCAUAUCGAGAUGACAAGAAAGAUGGUUUAAAAUUCUACACCGACCCUUCUUAUUUCUUCAACUUGUGGAAAGAGAAGAUGUUGCAAGCCACAGAGGAUAAGAGGAAAGAGAAACGCCGGCAGAAGGAGCAACGGCUCGUAGAGGACUCGACCCGGGAAGUGAAGAAAGUGCGGAAAGCCCGCAAUCGGCGGCUGGAGUGGAACAUGAUGGCGUACGAUAAAGAAUUCCGACCCGAUAACAGGUUCUCACCAUCCCCAUAUCACAUGGCCUCCUCGGAAGGAUCACUAUCCCCAGAUAAUAGAUCUUAUGCGUCCGAUGCAGCUGAUCACUCAUACCCGGCCAGCCCUAACCAUCCUGCCCAGCAGAUAUUAGCGCCAGCCUCACACCUGUCAGCAGACAACAAAGAGGUCAUCCUGGUGGCUAGCCAGGUGCAGGAGCAUGUCUACAGGCCCUCGGCAGCAGGAAGCCGGCAGAACAGUCUCAAUCGGGUUCAGCAGCCCCAUGUGCCACCGCCGCCAGAGACUAUGCUAAAUGGACCCAGACCUCAGAUGGUCAAGGAUUAUGGCCCCCAACCAGUGCCGAUGGCCGAGUACUUCGUGCCCCCUGCUCCCCCUCCCCCUCCCCCAGUCAUCCCCUCUGCUCAGACGGCCUUCGACAGCCCCAUCUCUGCCCCUCCAGCCAUGGCUCCCAGCGCCUCUGUGGCACACUCCUCUUAUGCCCCUUCCCCUCCCCCAGCUCCCCCCUGCCCCUAUUCUGCUUCCCCCCCUCAGACUGGCCCCAUGGGGCCUCCUGUCGCACCACCCCCUCCUCCCCCCGGCCCCCCAACAGUGACCGCCUCGCCAGCUCACUCGGCGUCUCCCCCUGCCGUCACGGUAGAACCGCGGAAGCCUCAGGUUCCCCUGAUCCCCAUGAGCGAUGCCCGGAGCGACCUGCUUGCCGCCAUCCGCAGGGGCAUUCAGCUCCGGAAGGUUCAAGAGCAAUGGGAGCAGGAGGCAAAGAAAGAGCCAGUGGGCAAUGACGUGGCCACGAUCCUCUCCCGCAGGAUCGCGGUGGAGUACAGUGAAUCAGACGACGACUCUGAACUGGACGAGAACGAGUGGUCCGAUUGACCACAGGGCGGAAGCACUUCCUUUAGGGUGGAGGGGGUCUCCCAUGUUCUUCUUGCCACCUUUCCACAACCAGGUGUGUGUGACUGGGCAUCUCUGCAGGUAAAUUGACAUGGUUUGCCGGCAGCUCGUGUUCAGGAGCUUUGCUUUCGUGCCAUGUUGCGUUGUUGAAACUU